GCUGAAUUCAGUGUAUUUACAGAUGCUGGCGUGUACAGACCGCAGUUGUUCUCACUCAUGUUUUCAUUUGCCACCUCUAAACGAAAGUGAAGUGCUCAAUUUCCACCUCGGACCCACUGCUUGACCCCCUGCUAGUGGUGAGAGGACGGCCAGGUUGGCCUUCCACCGGGUGCCGACUCGGUGUAGUGAUUGAUUUCAAUUGGCGGCCAAUUGAAAUUUGAUUAGACACGCCAUUGGUCAAUGGCAUUCAGUGAAUCCCCCGGCUGGACAGCAUCGAAACUUGAUUUGCAGUCGCCGAGAGAGCAAAGCGCAUGCGUUCCAUUUACGUUUGAUCCUGAAAUAGAUUCAUUCAUUCCUAUUGCCCGACGCCUGAGGCGAAAUCGUUGGCGUGAAUUUCGUGUUUUCUGUUGCGGGAGCACUAUAUUUUAGUGCAUGCGAAUCGUUAUCGUGGGUUGGUUUUCAAAAUGCCGAAAACCGAGGAUGACAUUGAUCUUGACGAGGUGCUGACUGAAAUCGGCCAGUUUGGGCGGUUCCAAGUGCGACAGUAUGUGUUGAUGAUCAUACCGAUUAUUUUCAAUGCCUUCUUCACGCUGAGUUACGUAUUCACCGCGGGGAAUGUAAACUACAGAUGCCAUGUGCCGGGAUGUGAUAAUGAGACCGUUGUAAACUAUCAGCCGGAGUGGAUGAGCAACGCAAUUCCCCUGCACAAUGGAGUUCCAGCGCAAUGUGAACGGUUUCUACCGAUAAGCAACGCGAGCCUUAAUAAUCUUCAAUGUGACGCUGCUGAUUUCAAUAGAAGCGUAACGGUGGGAUGCGACAGCUUCAUUUUCGAGAAUGACGAAGUGACAAUUGUAAAUUAUUUCAACAUCACUUGCCCCCACAAUGAUUGGAAGAUCACACUGGUGGGAACCAUCAACAACAUCGGACAGUUUGUGGCGCUCCCAAUCGCUGGGUUCCUUUCCGAUCGAUUUGGUCGCCGCAUGGUGCUUCUGUUAAGCGUUGCAGGCAGCGCUGUUUUUGGGUUGAUCCGCGCUUAUUCCACCGGAUACGAGAUGUUCAUCAUUAUGGAAUUUUUGGACCCAGCGAUUGGAUCUACUAUGUACACCACAGCCUUUAUUCUGGCGCUGGAACUUGUCGGGCCUAGAAUGCGUGUAACCGGCAAUAAUGUGAUAUCCUGCGCAUUUUCCUUCGGCGAAGCUGCCCUCGGUAUUCUGGCAAUGUUCUUCCGCAAUUGGCGAACCCUACUGAAGAUACUUUACAUUCCCGGAAUAAUCUCACUGCCACUUCUCUGGAUGACCUCGGAAAGCGUUCGCUGGCUUAUCUCCAAGGGUCAACGAGAGAAAGCGCUGAGUAUUCUUAAAAAAGCAGCCAGCAUGAAUGGGAAGCACUUAUCGCCGACAUCGAUUGAAAGCCUUUGCCCAGCGAGUGACAACGAAUCGAAAUCAGAGGACUUAUCUCCCGACAGAAGUUUCUUCAGCCUGUUGACGGAUGCGUUCAGUAACCCUGGACUUUUACUACGAAUCGCGAACUGUUCAUUCUGCUGGUUAACAAAUGUUCUGGUUUACUAUGGGCUCAGUUUGAACUCUGUCAGCCUCGCCGGUGACAAAUACCUCAAUUUUAUUCUAGUCUCGCUGGUCGAGUUGCCGGGUUUUUUGAUUAUGCAAUUAAUCCUGGACAGAGUAGGUCGGAGGAUUACUCUGUGCACAACGAUGCUGCUUUGUGGAUUAUUCUGCUACCUUUCGGAGUUCAUCCCAACCGGAAAUCAUUGGCUCAGUUUAAUGUUGUUCCUCGUCAGCAAAAUGACCAUCACCAUGUCAUUCGGUACGCUGUACAUUUACACGGUGGAAAUUUUCCCCACAAACCUCCGUCAGAGUUUACUCUCUGUAUGCUCAAUGUUCGGCCGCAUUGGAUCGAUGAUCGCACCCCAAACACCCCUCCUGGCGAAGAUAUGGGCUCCCCUUCCGAUGAUCAUCUUCGGAACAAUUGGUAUUGUGUCAGGCCUUACGAUACUCCAAUUCCCAGAAACACUCAAUAGCCAGCUCCCGAACACGGUCGAGGAAGCCAUGAACAUGAAUGACAAUGAUAAAGACAAAGAACAGCUUGCGUGAAGAAGAAAUUUAUUGCCUAUCGAAUAAGUACCAAUCACAGAUACGUUUACAGGAGAAAAAAUUGCUAUUGAGUUAACCUCGUAGGAUUAAGUACCUUAAGCUCCUCCUCCACUUUUGGCUGUACCAACUUGGUCGACUGCAAUCGAUCUCGAUAAACCCACAUCCAGAUGAAGAUCGUACCCGCCAGAACAGUACACACCCCGAACGUCCAGUAUGUGCCGUAGAGCACAUAAACAGUAACUGAUCCAGGGCCCAGAAUACGCGCAGCACUGCCGGCACAUGUUAAAAGUGCCAUCCAAGUGCCCUGGGGCCGCGGGCCAAGCAGCUUCGAAAACACCGAUUGGCUCAGCGUUGUACCGAUGGAGAACGCGGUGCAGAGUAGGGUGUAAGCGAUGGUAAACUGUAUUUUACCGACCGGUGGUAUCCAUCGGCACCAAUCCUGGAUCGAUGGACAGCUGGAGUUGCCGUUGGUGGCGUUCAAACCAUCGCUCGUAGCUGUGAUCGGUUCGUUGCCCACCGGAAUCAUCAAAAUCUGGCUGAAGAAGAGUGCCAACAUGGCACCAUAAACCAGCACAUUGGACUCGGAGAAACGCUUGCAGAGGAAAUCGAGCAGGAGAAAGAGCACACAGGAUAUCAGCGCCCCGGCCGUCAUCAGGAUACCUAAGUAAAACAGUGAUUCCUCGUUUGUCCAGUUGAAUUGAUCCAGAGCGAUCGGUGAAAGAAGCCUGCAAUGUUGAAUUGAUUAGUUGUUUUGAUAGAAUGUAUUAUAUUUUUUUCUGUUUUGUUUACAUGUCAUGUAACGUAAUCCGUAUAUUAUACAUUGAUUUCAAUCAUAGUGAUAUAGAAGCGUAUUAUAGAACAGU